GAUGGCUUCCUUUGGGUGUUGUGGGCUCCUUUUCUGGCUGGUGGCUUUUGGUUUGGCUGCUGCAGAUAUAAAACUGGAUUGUGGGCCAGACUACAUGACCCUGGUUUGGUCAGACAGCAGAUCCCAGGCUGAUCCGUCACUGUUCCGUCUUGGUAGUUGCUUCCCCACCAGCUUUACCCUGAGAGAGGCCUUUUUCAGUGUGGAGCUUGAUGACUGUGGCUUCAGGAGAUUGGUUUCUGGCAAUGAGCUGAACUACACCAAUGAUCUGGUUUACACUUCAUCUCCUGACUCCUAUGUGGCUCCCUUCAUUCUCCCAGUGGUCUGCUCUUACCAAAGGCCUAAAAACUGGUACCCAAUGAUCUACGAUCCAGUCUUUUCCACAUAUGGGGUAGAGGACCUAGUAUUUAACAUGGAACUCAUGAACGCUGACUUUUCAGGCCCUGCUGAGUCUCCCAUUUUUCCUCUGGGUUCCAUGAUCCCCAUCAUGGCUAGUGUGGCACAGGUGAACCACCAACCCUUGCUAAUCCUUCUAGAGGAAUGUGUUGCUACCACCAAACCAGACCUUCAGACUGAUGGUGACAUAUACACCAUAAUCACCAAUAAAGGGUGUCUUGUUGACAGCAAAGCUUCACGCUCAAAAUUUGAGCCCAGGCUGAUGGAAUCAGAGAUCCGACUGUCUCUUCAGGCCUUUAAAUUUGGCCUUGAGCAGGAGGUUUACAUCCACUGCACCAUGGUUGCUUGGGAUCCCAAUGGUCUUGACAACACAAAGAAGGCCUGCCAUUUUGUCAAAGAGCACGGCUGGGAACUACUGGAUAACCCUGCGUUCAGUGGUUUAUGUGAUUGCUGUGAAUCUACCUGCAAGACUAGGAAAGCAAGGAGUCCAGGAGCAGGGAAAGGCUUGGUCAAGAAGGCGGUGAUCGGGCCGCUUACCAUUACCGACCAGGCUGCCUGAGAUGAAAACUUAUGAACUGGAGUUGUGUCACUGUGAAUUUUGCUAUUAAAGUCUUUACAAUUGAAUAAUUU